AUGGCAAGUCAUCCUCAUAAAAAGACUUGGGAUGAAGAAAUAGCAGAUCUAUUUCAUGAUACUGAAGGAGAAAGAAGCCACGUCAAAGAACCCGAUCCUCGAUUGUUUAAAUUAUGGGAUAUUAAUCAGAAAUACUUAUUUUUGGUGAAGAACGUGUUAGUGGCAGAUGUGAAAUCUAAGUCUAAUUUACCAGAACAGUUAAUGAAGGUGCUUCCUAAUAGAUCUCUAGAUAAACCACGACAACCCUUAUUUAUGGGCCUUGAAAAUAAGAACAGCUGCUUAUCUUGUGUGAAGUCUGGGAAUGGUCAAUAUCAGCUAGAGUUACAAGAGAAAGAUAUUAGGGAACUUUAUUUGGAUCCAAAAAACGCCAAAGCUUUCACUUUUUAUAGUAGGAGUGAUGGCAACGUUGAUACCUGCUCCUUUGAAUCUGCAGAGUUCCCGGGUUGGUUCCUCAGCACUUCUUCAGAAGCAAAAAAGCCUCUUGGUUUGAGUCAAAAAGGAGGACCUCAGAACGUCCUGUUUUAUUUUGAAAGAAAACCAUGAGCCAGAAAUACUCUUCUGCAUCUAUGUUUCUAAUAGACCUUGGAUAUACAAAUUGGAAUGGAGCCAGAAUGCACAAUUAGGCCAAUGAG